AUGUCUGUCGAUCUUAAGGCUCACCGCCUCAUGCAUUUUGAUUCUCGAGUUGUGCUCGACCGCUCUUGCGCGGCAAAGCUGCAGCACAUAGAUGAAGCUGAAGGAUUCUGCGCUGAUCUGGGCGAGUCGGUGCCUACAAUACUGCCUCUAGAUCGACUAACUAAGCCUAGGUACAGCUACUUGGUCGAUUUGGAUUGUUUCCUCUUCGUGACGACAUGGUUUGGGCGCCGUUGGCUGCACAUUGCCCCUGGCGUGACUAUAUUGUCGAGACUGUUUUUUGUGGCUCAGAACAUAGGCUCAUACUCGAACUGGAGCUUAUCUGUGGAGUUCGAGUUGGAGACUGGAUGGCUUAUUGACUACGUCACAAGGCGUAUCCUCGGAGCUGUCAUACUGCAGACCAGUGCUCUCCGAAGAGGGCCAGGCAUCGAGAUCGAUCCGCGCGCUUCACACCCUCCAUUGCAGCGACAUCACAACAUAGAUGAGGCACUUUGGUCUGAACGCGUUUUCAUACCGGCCACUACCUGUUACACCCACACUUUCAUGUGUGUGCAGCAGUAUCGGGGCUUGGAGUACAAGUACGCUAUCUCCGCCGGAACGAGAGAAUGGCUGCUAUCAGAGUUGACAUCAAAGAGCGAACGACUACAGAGAAGUUAUGUCACACGGAUCGAGCAAGCGUCUCAAGAGGUUAUCGACAACAAACGACUCGUCUCACCUCACAAGUCCGCAAUCAAAGCGCCAAAUUGUUUCAUUGGGUGGGGCGCAAUCUAG